AUGAACGCUAAGUACGCUCACGUGAAAGCGAUUGUGGACAGUGCGCCGCCGAGUUACGACGAGAAACGUCCAUUCCGCAAUUUACCAAAAUGGCGGCGACAUGCAUGGCAACUGGCAACCGACAACACACGUUUAUUAAUGGCUAUAAAAAUGACUCAUUUCAAUCGAGGUAAGGUGGACAGCUAUUGGAGGGAAGGUCCUCCAGUCAACAACGUGUAUUACGAGAACCGGGCACACUUUUUGAAAGAAGUGCAAAGGGAAAACAAGGCUAUCUAUACGCGUAUUCUUAAAACCAGACCUCAGGUAUCACCUACUUCGACGCUGCAACGUGAUUGGGAACACAACCGCCGCGAAAUACUUAUGAAAGCGCGAAAUAAGUUCGUCCUCUUUCCUCCAGAGCCUAAAGAGCUAAUAGAGGAUGCUAUUUUCUUGAAACCACCGCAAGUUAAGCGACCAAGAGUAUAUUUUACCCUCCGUUUUCAUGGAGGAGCAACAAUCGGCGAACUGAAGGCCGAGCUUUUUGAAGACAUCUGUCCUGAAACCUGCCGCCUGUUUCUCAAUCUUUUGGACGGCGACGAGUUCGGUUACGGAUAUGUUGGAACUUGUUUCUUCAGGUUAAAAAUGCUAGUUUCCGAAGCCACCAUUGCCGGGGGUGAGAUAUUGCUGAAAAUAAUAAGCCCGGAGGGGCAAACAUUCACUGCCUCCUUUACCGACGAAACUCUUAUUGAGGAAGUGAAAAAUCGUGCCACAGAUUUCUUCUACCCAAAUGGAGAAAAUGGAGGGAGUCGUUACAAGCUUAUUCGAGUGUUUGAUACAUCAACCCUACAUGAUUUCCUAACUCUUGCUCAGGAACAAAUCGGGAUGCAGGAAGAGAUCUUGUUAAUUGAAAGAAGAAUCCCCGAUGCUGGGACGCUGUGGGAUUUAGGGACGGUGAGGGCGCCGCAACAAAGUGCCAUAGCCGCUGCCACUGCUUCUCUGCCUCCUCCCCAGGCAUCAGUUAGGCAACCUAACCUCCAAUCAUUACUAUCUACUAACGAACUGACGUACGAAUUGCGAAAAAUCUUGAUAUCGCUUAUUGAAGCAGGAGCUAGACUCGCAGCAGCUGGCAGAAAUUAUGAGUUAACACUUGCUCAAUUGUCAGCGGCUUUAGAUGAACCACAAAGAACGCAAGUACACGAUACACAAGUGAUAACGCCCGAAGAAAUAGCCGCAAGGUUAAAUACGAACCAAAGCGACACUAAUAAAGAACCAACGAUCGAAACAAAUGGAGAUAUCUUCAAACGCGCCGCUCAUUUGCAAAAAUUUCUCCAGAAAUUCCACGCGUGGAAGUUGAAAAUCGCCGAACCACCUAACCCAGAAGCGAUCACAGCUUUAAGUGAUUUAGGGUUCACGUCAGAACAAGCAGAUGAAGCGCUCCGUUGUACUGGGUGCAAUGUACCGGCUGCAGCUUCCUGGUUGAUUGGGGAGCGGGGCUCGAGUGUCUUUGAACUAGUGAAUGGACUUCCCGAUGGUGUGAUUUUGCAGACUUUGUUGAAACAGCCACAGAUUCAAAGGGGCUUACUCAACACGAGAAUGCUUAUUGCAUUCAUAGCGAUGGUUGGUCAAACUGGCAGUGCAGCGUUAUGGCUACAUUCACCACACGGCAGUCCGCUUCUCUCGCAGAUUUCUCGCACAUACCACUCGGAGAAAUAUUGCCUCGCCGUGAACCAAUUUUCAGAAGAGAGGACGCAACAGAAUUCAACGCCGUCGACUUCUAGACAAAGACGUUGA